AGGGAGGCGACAGACUGUCUAAAAUCGUAAAACACCGUUAAGUCUUCUUCCCCCAAGCAAGCCUCUUAGGAACGGAACCCCAAACCCCCCGAACCCCAGUUACGCCACCCUCCUCCUCUCUCUCUCUCUCUCAGACGUCGGCAUAAGGCGUCCGUUCUUCAAAUCAAUGUCUUACAGGCGUAUCAUAUCCACAAGAGCGACACUUCUCGCUCGGCGGCGUUUUAGAUCAUCGUUUAGUUACAUUCAUCACGAUAACGAUGAGUGCAGAGAACACUCUAUCGGUGAAGAUAAAAAAAUUAACAAUUUUUUCCAAAGGCGAUUCUUCGGGAACAGUGGCAUUAACACUUCCGCUGGAUUUGGUACUUUGUUUCAAGAUCAAAGGUGUUCUCAGUUCUUUGUUCCGCCGAUGACCGGAGCAAUUUUCAGUAGAAAUAUGUCGACGACAAUUGGCGAAGGAGCGGACAAGAUUGGGUACAUGACUGAUGUUGCGGAAGUUCUCACGGAUAAGACCGUUGAAGUUGUGGCUUCUCAGGCCCCUGCUGUGAGUGAAGUAGCUAUUGCUGCUGCAGAUUCUUUCUUUCCUGUUGCGGCCUUGCAGUAUGUGAUUGAUGGUGUUCACUCUUUUACCGGCUUGAAUUGGUGGGCAUCUAUAGUUAUAACAACACUUUUGAUACGGGGGUUAACAAUUCCAGUUUUGAUAAAUCAGCUCAAAGCUACUUCAAAAUUGACUAUAAUGAGGCCACAUUUGGAUGAAAUUAAGGAUGAGAUGGAAAAUAGGGGCAUGAGUCCUUCGUCUGUGGCUGAAGGUCAGAAACAAAUGAAGGAGCUAUUUAAGGAACAUGGUGUUACUCCAUGGACUCCACUGAAGGGACUCUUUAUCCAAGGCCCUGUUUUCGUCAGUUUUUUCCUGGCUAUUUCGAACAUGGUAGAAAAAGUUCCAUCUUUUAAAACUGGCGGAGCAUUUUGGUUCACUGAUCUGACAACUCCAGAUACUCUCUGUAUAUUUCCAGUUUUGGCAGCAUUGACAUUUUGGAUAACAGUGGAGUGCAAUGCGCAAGAAGGCCUGGAAGGGAAUCCUGUUGCUGGAACCAUGAAAAAGGUUUCUAGGGUCUUUGCUGCUCUUACAGUCCCAAUUACCAUGACUUUCCCAAAGGCUCUUUUUUGUUAUUGGGUUACCUCCAACUUGUUCUCACUCAUGUAUGGACUAGUAAUUAAAAGACCUGCGGUCAAGAAUUUCUUGGGUGUUCCCAUAAUACCCAUACAACCAGCUGGUACUGCAACAAAACCUUCCCUCUCUUUUGUUGAAUCAAUCAAACAAUAUGCAGCAGCAAUGCAGAAGGCUAAUCAGUCGGGUUCUGCACCUGCUGGAUUACCAAAACUUCCUGAUCACAGAAUAUCUUCCUCAGCAGUCACCAGUCAGAGGCUUAGAAGGUUAGAAAAAGAAGUAAAGGGAAGGAAGAAGAACAAGAAGAGGUGAGGAAAUGCACAUUUUUAACAGAUGAACCGUCUUGAUAACUGUUUAGUUGGAGUACUUGUGCUUAUAAAAAUAAAUGUAAUAUUAUUAAAAUUGGUAAUGCGUCUUAAUUUAUUUAGUCCUGCGGUUGGGCUAUAAUUUUUGAGUGCUUAAAUGGGAAGAGAGAGAGCUCUUUUGAUAGAUUAAUUAGAAAUUGAGUAGUAGGUUAUUUUGUUAAUUGAAUUUAGGGAGUUCUCUUACCAAGUCUCUCCCUAUGUUGACUGUACUUUGUGAUAGUUUUGGCACUAGUUUGAUCAAUGUAAUUCGUUCGUUGUACCAGAAAGAAAUGUUUCUUGAUCACUAAAAUAUCAAUUAAGAACUGUUGGGUAUCAUUAA